AUGGUCACAGCCGUCCUACCAGUUGUUACCGGAGGUGGCCCCAGGUCUGAGUUUGAACAUGAACCAGAGCCGAGUACUGCCGCUCCCUCAUCGAGACUCGCCGGUUUCGUUGGCAUGUGUGCGGGAUGUGGUGCUCUGAUAUCUUUAGUUCUUCUUCUCCCGUUGCCAGCCAAAUUUCAGCAACUGGGAGUUUCGCCAGCGGAAGCCGUCCAGUACAGUUACUAUACAGCAGCUGCGGUGGCUCUUGUGGUCAGCGCAUGUUGCUUCGUUGGCUUGCGAGACCUUCCUGGCGAAGACGGAAAGACAUGGGCCUCGCUCUGGACAAAUAUGCGGACCGAUUCUUCUUUAUCCAACUCCAGGAAAUAUUCUUAUUCCAGCUUCAAGGCCAGAUUUCCAUAUCUGGUCCAGUUCGGCUCUGCCAUUACGCUAGGCUUCCGCAACCGCGAUAUCCUCAUCGGAUAUCUCGGAGGAUUUGUAGCCCGAGCCUCCUCUGUCGGGAUAUCGCUCUUCAUCCCAUUGUUUGUGAAUAACUAUUAUCGCACGUCAGGUCUUUGUCAUGAGCAACCGACGGAAGGGGCCAACCCUGGAGAUAUCAAGCGGUCUUGUCCGAAAGCCUAUGUGCUUGCCUCGAUCUUGACUGGAGUGUCUCAACUUAUGGCGCUUAUUGCGGCCCCGGCAUUUGGGUACCUAUCGGAGAAGUCUCGACGAUAUCAUUUUCCGCUUCUCAUUGCCUGUCUGGCUGGAGUUGCAGGCUAUGUAAUGCUCGCGCUUCUGCCUAGCCCCGAAUUCAAAGGCGAGAGAGGGAAUCCCGGGAUAGUUGUAGUGAUGGCAUUGGUUGGAGUCAGCCAAAUCGGCGCUAUCGUGUGUAGUUUGUCCGUGUUGAGCAACGGUAUAUUGAGCUUGAUCAAUUCGGUCGAGAACACAACAAGCAGCAGCCACGUUUCGAGCACGGUCCCAGAAGCUGACGAGCAACAACCCUUGCUAGAAACAAAUGCUGGCCAGUUUCAGCGGCAGCCCUCAACCCUGAAGGGUUCAAUUGCAGGAGUAUAUUCUCUGUUUGGAGGGGCAGGGAUCCUCUUGCUUACCAAACUUGGAGGGCUUCUGUUCGAUGUUGUGUCUUCAGGCGCCCCCUUCUACAUCAUGGCAGGCUUCAACGGCGUGUUAGUGAUUGUCGGCGUUGUUAGCGGCCUGGUCAUCUACUUGAGAACGAACCAGUAG